AAAGGGUCAAUGUGUAUUUUCGAUUCCUGGAAAAAAUCAAUGUUACUAUUACAACAAUAAUGAUAGUAAUAAAUUACUAGUAUUAUUAUUAUUAUUAGCAUUAUAAGUAUUAUUUUUAGUAGUAGUAGUAGUAAUAGUAUUAUUAUUUCACUCUAUGGCUCACAGGUCAUGCUAGGCACCCUUUGUUGGUAGUUUAAUUUUUAGCAUACAAUAGGCCUUGUGUUAGCUGAAGUGGUUGGCAGCAUGUAUUCUCUUAUCAGAGAGAUUUUACAACUCAGUUUUAUAACUGUUCCAGGCUGUCUUGUGUAUAUUUGUGAUUUCCAUCGAGAACAAGCAUGGGUGCAGUGGAUUAACAACUCAAAGAAUGGCAUUAACAAAGACAAGAAAGACAACCUCCUGAACAGUUUGCGAAACCUUGCAAGAACUUCCACAGAAGGGGACUUCAAUUUAGCACUUAGAGAUCUUCAAGACAGUGAACUGUGGAGGACCAAUACAAGACUCCAAAAGUGGAUGAACACAACAUGGCUUCCCGAAAGACAGCGCUGGGUUUGGACAUACAGGAAGGACCGCUUCAAUGUGAAAGUGAACACUACCAAUGGUGUGGAAAGAAAGAAUAGGACAUAUAAGCACCAAUUUCUUGCAGACAAUAGAGACAAGACCUUAAGUGGUGUCAUCACAGUUUUAGUGACACAAUUUCUGCCAAAUGAGUACAGAAGGUAAGGGAUCAAAAGCUCAUUUUGACCUUAGAUCUCAGUGUGUUAUAUAUUGAUAUCACAUGACUAUGAUUUUAGGCCUAAGGUGUUUUCAGAGAAUGUAGAUAUAUAAAAGUUUUUGUUCUACAAGUGAGAAGGAUGUAUAAAGGUGUCAUGCUUACUCUGGGUCACACAAGGCGACCAAAGCAUAACAAAAGCAACAACAACAAUAGCACUGCAAACAACUGCAACUCAUAAUUU